AUGUUCUCGUCCGCGCUCAAGUCAUUCAGCUCCAACAUCACUACGAACUAUCAAGUUUCCCCGCAUCCUACAGUCGUUUCCGGUCCCUGGAAGAUUCAUGAUGGAAAGAAGAAAUCCACCAAUACCGCGGCAUCCAUCUUUAUCUUUGAUAAGAAGGCUCUCGAGCCUCGAUCCAGUGGAUUGGGUGGUCGUUCCGGUUCUUCAAUCAAAAAGCUGCAGGAAGAGAUUGUCGAACGCUUGAAACGCGAAGCCGGCAACCUCGCUCGUCUGCGACACCCAUCGAUUCUGCAGGUGCUCGAGCCUGUUGAAGAAACACGCAAUGGUGGUCUCAUGUUCGCAACUGAAAGAAUCACCGCCUCGCUUGCCGGGCUUCUACAGGAAAAGGAUACACAAGAAAGCAGUGGAAGGAUAGGCUCAAGGACUUCGCGGUACAUGGUGGAAGAGCCGAACGGCUCCCGGAGGCGGAGGGAUCUCGACAUCGAUGAACUGGAAAUUCAGAAGGGACUUCUGCAGGUUGCUAAGGGUCUUGAGUUUCUUCACGAGUCUGCUGGCUUGGUGCAUGGCAAUCUGAACCCGGAGGCUAUCUUCAUCAACGCCAAAUCUGACUGGAAAAUCUCGGGACUCGGCUUUGCUGGUCCUUCAGACUCGUCCGAAUCCAAAUCAUCUCUCCCCCCUCUAGCUCUAUCGGAGGUUCUUUAUCAAGAUCCACGCCUUCCACCAUCUGUUCAACUGAACUUGGACUACACCUCACCUGAUUUUACUCUGGAUUCGACCGUUAACCCUUCUGCUGAUCUAUUCUCUCUUGGGCUUAUAAUAAUCGCGCUUUAUAACUCGCCACAUACUUCUCCCCUGAAGUCUCAUGGUAGUUUGGACUCGUUCAAGCGACUACUCACUUCGCCGUCCUCCACUCCAUCGCAAAGCAACAACUUUCUCUGCUCAGGCUCGAUACCGAACGACAUUCUCGCGCAUGUACUACCAAGACUAAUAACUAGAAGGGCCGCCCAGCGUCUUACUGCGCGAGAGUUUCAGGAAUCUCAAUAUUUCGAUAAUAUCCUGGUAUCAACCAUCCGGUUUUUGGAAUCACUGCCGGCCAAAAAUCCAAAUGAAAAGGCCCAGUUCAUGCGUGGCUUGCAACGGGUCCUUCCAGAGUUUCCUGUUUCCGUCUUAGAGAGAAAACUUCUGGGCGCCUUGCUAGACGAACUCAAAGACCGCGAGCUCCUCUCUCUCGUUCUACAAAACGUCUUCGCAAUUCUCCAGCGAAUCCCCAAUGCGCGUCGUACUCUUCCUGAAAAAGUGAUUCCUCAUCUCAAGGAAACCUUUCCAGUAGGGAAAGGUGCUGCCCAAGAACGAGAUUCAAAGAAGGAUGCAGGCCUCAUGGUGGUUCUUGAUAAUAUCAGUGUCAUCGCUGGAAAUUGCUCUGGAAUGGAAUUCAAGGAUGAUAUCCUACCUCUUAUUCGCCUGGGGCUUGACUCUCCCACACAUACCUUAGUAGAUGCCGCAAUAAAAUGUCUACCCGUCAUUCUCCCCGUUCUUGAUUUCAGCACCGUGAAAAACGAAGUUUUCCCUCCAAUUGCGUCCACUUUCAGCCGCACGAACAGUCUUUCAAUCAAGGUACGGUGUUUAGAAGCGUUUGCUGUGCUUUGCGGUGGCUCUAUGGGUCAGGGGGAUGACAGUGGAGAUGACUUGAGCGGUAUAGUCGAAAAGAGCAAGCCACAACCUACAAAGUCGUCUAUUCUGGAUAAAUACACCAUACAAGAAAAACUUGUGCCCUCUCUGAAAGCGAUCAAAACGAAGGAACCAGCUGUUAUGAUGGCGGCUUUGAGUGUAUUUCAGCAGGUCCGCACUGUUGCAGACGCUGAUUUCCUUGCCUUGGAGGUUCUUCCGGUUCUAUGGAGCUUUAGCCUUGGUCCACUUCUUGACUUGAACCAAUUUGGCGAAUUCAUGGCCUUAAUCAAGAGCAUCUCUUCGAAAGUUGAGCGCGAACAGAUGAAGAAACUUCAAGAGCUCUCUUCAGGGGAUGCAUCCGGUUUUCGCAACGGAACAGCAUCCUCCACCAAGGCACCAAGUGGUUUUAUACAGUCAGAGACCGGAUCCACGAGGGAUAAUUUCGAGCGUCUGGUUCUUGGACGGGGCGCAACAGCAUCAAAUGAUCAGGGAAGCGAUAUCUGGGGUGGCCUAGUCUCAAAUACCCCACCUUUGCAAGCAUCUGCUACUCCACAGCCCAGCUCUACUGCACUUUCUUGGUCUUCAACUACUGCGGGGUCUGCUGGCAGGCAAUCCAGUCUAACCACACGUUCAAUCACUCCUGAUUUCAAGUUGAAUUCAUUCCCAUCAUUGGAGCCAACUGCAAAACAAAACUCUUCCUCGGCAUCAGCGUUUCCGACUCUACAACCAUCUGCCCCAAGUCCCUGGAGCAUGCCGAACACAUCCAACCAUCAACCUCAGUAUUCGGGAUCUAGCCCGUCUCUCGCGUCACUAGCCAGUAUGAACGCCUCCAACACCUCUUCAGCCAGCACGAAAUUGCAGACAACGCCAAGCUACUCUGCAUUCUCGAUACCACCUCCACCCUCUACGCAGGCUCCCAGUGCAUUUACAAACACGAGCCAGACUCCAUUUGGCGGCCGCACUGGACAAAGCUCCCCACUCUUCAAUGGCAGCGCCGUACAACCGCAACAGCCCGAAAACCAAAAACAAGGGCUUGACAAAUAUCAAAGCCUGAUAUGA